AUGGGAGCCGUCGGCCACGGGUGCGCAGGCGCUGCUCUAUGACUCGACAAGCAACAUCAGCACGAGUUACGGCAUUCAGUCGUGGAUCCGAGCGGGCGUCCCGCCGAAGAAGCUGGUCAUGGGUCUACCCUUGUAUGGUCGCACAUGGAAGCUGAAGGACCCGAAUGUACACGGCAUUGGAGCGCCAGCAGUCGGCGUGGGUCCUGGCGAUAAUGGGGUGUUACUGUACUUUCAGAUUGUGGAAUUUAAUGCGGCCAAUAAUGCAACAGACGUGUUUGAUAAAAAGACAGUGUCCACUUACCCCUAUGCAGGAACCAAUUGGCUUGGCUACGAUAAUGCCACGUCCAUUAGAUACAAAGUGGAGUUCGCCCGAGCACGCCGCCUCGGUGGGUACUUCUUCUGGGCACAUGGAUAUGAUAAGGACUGGACUCUAACGAAGGAAGCUUUCAGGACAUUGUAUAACAGGUACAACCUCCCAAAAAUCUCGGAUGUAGUGCAUGAGGACCACAUUAAACAAUGGGGUAAUAAGCACAUUCUAGCCCUCAUACUCUAUGAUUUUUUAACUUGUGAUCUAUUAGAGAGUACUAACUUAAUCAUCGAAGUGACAUCGCCGGGUUAG